AUGAAGAAUCUUUAUCGUGUAUCACAUAAAACAUAUGAUCUCUCCAAAGAUGCGAUCCUUUCGACCGGGGCUCGCGCCUUUACCGUCGAUCAAAACACAGAACACAAGUUUUACAUCGUCCAGGACAGUGGCGUGUACUGUAGCACGUUGUUUGCCGACCUGGAUCAUCCCUGCUGUGAACCAUUGCUUUCAGAAACUGACGGUUACGUGGACAUUAUUGCGAUCGAACAUCUAGCACUAACCGAUGAGCUGGUUUGCGCUUCGUCCCGCGGUAAUGUAUGGUCGCACAAUGUAUCGACUGGGCAGACUGAAGAGGUAACGCACUGCCAGCACGGCAUCGCAGCGAUGCAAUGGAGCCCGGACCAAGAAUUGGUCGUGUUUGUGGAUGGUGAGCUGAACGUUGUCACCAUGAUCGGGAGUGAGUACGAACCGAUCAAUGAGGUACAGCUGAAAGACGAUACGUUUGGUGAUCGGCAGUUUAUGAGCGUCGGUUGGGGCAAGAAGGAAACCCAAUUUCAUGGUUCGGAGGGAAAAGCUGCAGCUAAAAAGCCGACACCGAGUGAGGAAACUGCGCCGGAAGAUGAGCGGAAACCGGAUUCGUCGGUGAGCAUUAGCUGGCGAGCGGAUGGAGAGUACUUUGCGGUCAGCUAUUUAGCACCAUUCGGCCAUCGUGCAUUCAAGGUGUUCAAUAAGGAAGGUGCGCUACAGUACACGUCGGAAAAGUGUAACGGAUUGCAGGGAUCGCUUGCUUGGCGUCCGUCGGGACAGUGGAUUGCAAUACCACAGGACCUGAAGGAACGCUAUGUGAUAGCACUGUUCGAGAAGAAUGGAUUGCGCCAUCGGGAGAUUCCACUAACGCUCGAUUUUAAAGCCGGUCAAGUGGUGCGUUCCCUGCUUUGGAGUCCCGAUUCGGACGUGUUGACUGUGUAUUGGGAGGAUGAAGUAAAAGGAUGGUGCCACGUGUUUUUGUACGUGAUUGGAAAUUAUCACUGGUAUCUGAAACAACACUUGGCCUACCCGGCCGGUGCAACGAUUUCCGGGCUUCAGUGGGAUCCGAGACAUUCCGCCGGCAAAACGCUACAUCUGUACUCAGCGGUUUUAAGUCGUAACGAGCGUAUUCGGUUUGAUUUUCGCAUCGAUCGGUCGGUAGGACUAUCGGAAGCUGAUCAAGCGAUGGUAGCCGUUAUCGAUGGGAACCGACUGUUGCUAACCUCGUUUCGAAAUACCGUUAUACCACCACCUAUGAGCGGUUACUUGCUGGAACAGGAACAUCCAAUCAAUGCGGUCGGCUACAUUCGUACAGCGGGACGGUGUGAAGCACUAGGGAAGGAUAUAUCCCCGAACGCAUUCUUUACUGUCGAUACCUUUGGACAAAUCACACUGUACGAGACGACGUUCAGCAAGGAACUGGGACGAACGAUUUUGAAAGGAGUUAGCGUUUUGCUAAAAAUUUCACUGAACGACCUACACCCAACGAAGGAAAAAGUCCGCGGACUUCACUAUCUUUGGCUGAAUGCGAAUGUUCUUGCAGUGGAUCAAGACAAAAUACGGUGCGGUGUUUACUGUAUUGCUUCGUCUGAAGAAGAGCAAAAGCUGAAACAAAUAUGGCAGAUGGAAAUGGAAAACACCGACGAAAUUGGAUGCAUUGAAGCAGCUGGAGAGGAUAAAUUGCUUGUGGAGCUUCUAACCGGUCGCGUUUUGGAGGUGGAUGGAUUAAAACCCGCCGAUCAAGUAGCUCCAAUCGAGUUACGCACCCACAGCUUGCUGCCAGUAUUUUGCGAACAGCUGUACGUCGAUCGCAACCAUCCCGAGCGGACGGUUUAUGCUUUGGCACAGAACAGACGCCAUCUUUAUCGCGAUGGGACGCUACUUAUCUCGGACAUAACAUCCGCACUGCUUACGGACAACUAUCUGCUCUGUACGAGCAUUGCCGAGCUAAAAUUCGUAGCUCUGGGUAAUUCUAUUGGCACAAGCGGUCGUGAUUCGAUCGUCGGUGAGCGAAGACUUGAACGUGGCUCGAAGUUGGUUACGGUUGUGCCGAAAGCUUCGCGCACCGUAAUGCAACUUCCUCGAGGAAACUUGGAAGCAAUUAAUCCACGCGUCCUAUCCUUAUGCCUGAUCGCGAAACAUCUAGAUGCACUUCAGUACUACGAAGCGUUCGAUAUAAUGCGCAAAGAGCGAAUCGAUUUGAAUCUGCUCUUUGAUCACGAUCCGGCCCGGUUUAUGGAACAUCUUGCGAGCCAUUUUCUUACACAGAUCACCAACGUACAUUGGUUGAAUCUUUUCAUCACGGAUCUGGCAAAUCAGAAUGCUUGCGAAAAGUAUGCAAGUAACUAUCUCGAUCAGAAGGAUGGCAAUCCAAUUUCCAUCCUACCAGCCGAUGGCUACUCGCCAUCAGAAAAAGUUCGCUUUUGCUGUGAACGAUUGCUCGCCGCAAUGGAUACAGAUCCGACGGUGUUAACGCUCCCGAAAAUUACCUGUUACGUAAAGCAGGGACAGCUGGAGAAAGCACUCGCACUCAUCUGGACCCUGAAGCAGCAUCAACCGUCACCGGAAGCGGCCGAAGAAGCGUUACGCUAUCUGCUGUACCUGGUCGAGGUGAAUGUGCUGUACGACGAGGCGCUUGGCAUGUACGAUUUUGGGCUCGUACUGUUUGUGGCCACUAAAUCGCAGAAAGACCCGAAAGAGUAUCUACCCUUCCUGAAUGAGCUGAAGCGAAUGGAUGAGAACUAUCGGAAGUAUCGCAUCGAUUGUCACCUGAAGCGUUACGAUCGUGCGCUCGAACACAUUGCCCGGUACGAGACGGAUGAGGAACGGUUCCAGGAGGCACUGGAACUAAUCGGUACCCAUCAACUGUACACGGUCGCUUUACGAUGCUAUAGGAGCAGUUCCAACCAGGACUAUUACCGUCGAGUGUGUGCACUUUUUGGGGAUUAUUUGCGAAAGGGCAGCAAACAUGCCGAUGCAAGCUUAAUGUACGAACGGGCCGGUGAUUUACAGCAGGCGAUCGCUUCCGCCCGUCAUGCAUUGGAUUGGAGACGAGUGGUACGACUUUCGGGUGGUUGUUCUAUGCCAGCAGAACAGGUUUUACGAUCGCUUGUACCGGCGCUAUUAGAAGCGGGAGAGUAUGAUGCCGCUGCUACGAUCGCUUACGAUCAUCUAAAGGACGCACGGUUAGCGGUUGAGUGUCUGGUGAAGGAUCAUCGAUACGAAAGAGCACUCCUGCUGGCAAAUGAACCGACUCUGCAGGAUAAAGUUCGCAGCAGCGUGGAUGAAUAUUUGAAGACACUCGAUGAAACCCUUCGAACAGAAAGGGAACAAUUUCUGCGUCAAAAGGAACGACUAGCAACGGUGCGAGAGGAACGCUCCCGGAAGCAAUCGUCGACUGCAGCUGACGAUCGUGACGAUGCGGAUGGGGAUUGUGGUGAUUGCGAUCUUUACUCUGAUAGUUCGACAAUUGCUUCAUCGCGCCAUACGGGAACAUCCGGACGAUCGGGCAAAUCGCACCGUUCGAGUAAAAACCGUCGCAAACAUGAACGCAAGCUGCUAAACCUCAAAGAAGGCAAUCCGUACGAGGAUAUCGCUUUGAUCGAUGCACUGCACGCGCUGGUCGUACGUGUUUGUGGUGUCGAACGACAACGCCACAUACGUUCCAUUUGUCAGGUUGCACUAGAACUGCGGUACGAUGAGCAAGCUUACAAGCUGCAGCACGAAUACGGUGCACUGUUUCAGCUGAUACGCUACUCGCUGGAUGCAAUUUGGUUGCCGGAAAUGGUUGUACCAGGGACGGCGCCUGGCAGUAGUGACGUGGCUAACGUUGGUGAGGUGCCUGUACCGAUCCUAACGCCGGCGGAUCUGGUACGAGCUCAGGAUGCUCAGCGUUAUGCUUUGAUAAAGCCUCAUCAACGCUACAAACCAGAGAUACAGUCCGUUUCCUGGCAAUGGGACAUUUUAAAAUAG